GUCUCGACGUCGCGUUGGUGCUCCGAGUUCUGUGCCGCCUACAGGAUUAAAGCUUGGCAAGAGAGCGCCCCACGGUCGUCUUGGAGUACCUUGUGAGACGGGACCGGGGAGUGGCAGGCGUAAGGAUGAUCAUUAUAGCAUUGGCUGUGCUGGGGACUCUUUCCCUCCCCGGCACACAAGCAAGAGAAGCUCGGUGGUUAUGGGACGAGACAUACCCAGCGCAACACUCAGCGGAAGUCUCCCCGGACAACACCCCCGUCGAGCCCUACUUCGAAGGAAGGAGGAGAAACAACAGGAGAGGGGAUACCAGAGACGUGACCAUUACAAUCACCAAACCCCAAGGCCUGAAUGCACCUCUCCUGCCGACGAUACCGAAGCCCGUCCCCAUUACCGCUGCACCGCCCGUCAGCACGUCGCAAGUGCAGUUGCUGAAGCCUGCUGACUCUUCGUGGGGUUUCGGGUGGAUUCAGGAACUGCUGACCCCUUGGAAUUGGAAUUCUCUUCUGCCAGACAAAACCUCCCUCCUACCAAGCAUCAUAGGAAACGGGGGAUUAGGAAGCCUAGGAGACAAGGUAGGUCUCCUUGGUACCGGAACAACGGGUCAAGGAUCCGGGCUUCUUCUCCCCUCGCUGCCUGGGCUCAACAAACCUCUCGACGCGCUGACAGGCACGCAAGACACGGGAACCCCAGGAGUGACGAACAGCGGCAUCUUCAUCGGUCAGCCACCCAGCCUGUUGCCCAGUCUAUCUAGUCUGGGGUUGCCUGGCUUUGGUCUUAACAAGCCUAAUUUGGACCUGUCGAGCUUCAAGCCAGUGACCAACGCCCCUCCAACCCCGUCCAAAUCGGAGGUUCUGGUCAUCCAGUAUCCGGAGUUCAUCAAGACUAUCGGCCAAGGCAUCAGCAAGGUGUCCAAUGCCAUGACCAACCUCGGGCUAAGCGUCACCAACAGCAUCUCCAACAAGCUCUCCACGGGCCUCCUGGGCUCCACAACCGCGGCCAUAGGCUCCGGCGUGGCCUCCAUCAUCCCCCUCCAGGACGUCUCGGCGACCACCAACCACAACAAGGGCAGCGGCAACUCCCAGGUGUACGACGACGCGUCCAGCCUCGGCCCUGGCCUCUUCAUCCCUAACAAGGGCUCCAACGGCCUAGGCCUCGGAGGGCUGCUCGGAGGGGGCGGCCUGCCCAACAAGGGCACCAACGGCCUGGGCAGCCUCCUCGGGGGGAGCGGGUUGGGCACCAAACCGAUCACCAACGGCCUGGGUAGCCUUCUGGGGGGAAGCGGCCUGGGGCUCAACAAGGGCACCAACGGCCUUGGCACCCUGCUCAGCGGCGGCGGCCUGCUCGGCAACAACAACAAAGGGGAUCUGAGUGGCCUCCUCGGCAACAAACUACCGCAGACGCCCGGGCAGUCCUCGGUCUACGUCCAGAAGACCAGAAAGUGAUGCGCGGGCCUCGUGCUAGUCUCGGUGCUCUCAGUUUAGUGAAACGGCCCGUCUCGCUGCCUUAGACUUACUCAUAAUGAAAGAAUCCGAGGUUUCUCGGUUAUACAUAUGUAUGCAUAUUUAUUAGAAAGUAAUGUAUAUAAAGCAAUAGGUUAGUUAUGUAUGGAAGAGAUGAACUGCCAAUUCUUACAGCUGCAUCGGAUGUGAAACUGAAUUAACCUUUGUUUCGUGAUCAGUAUUUCAAAACUGACUAAGCUGUUUAUGAUGCAACUUUUUCUCACUUCGUCGCUUUAUAAGUGUAUAUAAAAAAAGGCUUAUUUGAUCGCCUCAAAAGGAAAAUUGGUCUAUAUAUAUCAUUUAAUUUUUCAGGAAAAAGUCCGAAUUUGUCCAACGGUGUAAUUCAACGAGUGAGAAUAAGUAUUAUAAUCUUUCUACGUUACUAGAUUUACAGAAAGCGCACGGCUGUCGUUACAAAUGAAUUAGAGAAAAUAUGUAUGCAAAAUAACUCAAAAAAUCCUACACAUAUACACAUAUGUAUAGGAUUUCCCGUCGUCAGAAGCCAAAGCAAACAUCCCUGCGCUUUAGAAAAAAAAAAAAUUGCUCAGAGACAAUCUGUCCACAGUUAACUUCCGCUUCUCUGUUAUCUUAUCUUCUCUAAAUAACUUUGUCAGAAUCACGGGUCCCUAUUUCGUUCCCUUAUCUGUGUGCUCUCUGUUAUUUUGUUUACUCCAGUAACCUCAUUGUUGUUGUUAUUGUUAUUGUUACUGUGGUUGUUUUUAUUUUUAUACUACGAUAGAUAUUAAGAUGCAGUCAUUUUCUACAGCAAAGUGCUGUUCGGUGAUCACACUUUUUGUUCUCCCUACGUGAUGAAUCAAUUACUUUUUUUGUCUGUUGUGGUAACAUAUUGGCUAUUUAUUUGUUGUAUUACACAUUAAUUUGUUGUAUUUUACAUUAACUUAUUACCUACCGACCACGGGCAAUCCUUCGGGAAUCCAUGGCAUGUGUGAGGUGCAAAUUACUAUUUAGUAUUUAUGAGAUUAGAUGUUUACCUUUGAAAUGUGUGAAUAAAGCCAUUUUGGGUUCCUGCGUGACUGUU